GUCAUCUCCCCACUCACAGUGGGAUUUCGCUUCGCAUGUCGUCACAGCUAGCCAAGCCCAAGUUCUCAUUGCACCUCACUUGCACCAACUCUCCUCCACCUCACUACGUCGCCAUGCAAUGACUAUUUUGGACGCGUUUCGACGUGUCUAUUUUUCACGGAAACCUCACGAAAUCACAUGGAAUGAUUGAAGAGCCAGGGCCUGUGGUGUACACCAACAUCGACCUGUAGAUGGCCCCAGCAAUGGCAAGCCAGGACACUCCUAUGCUGUCCUCCUCAUCGUCUCACCGCCUCCCCACCAUCUCCGCUUCUCAGGCUCUCCAGACCCUACAAACCCGCGGAGCCCUCGCUGUAUCUACCGGCCUCGCGCAGCUCAACAAAAUCCUUUCCCCCAGAAGCCUUCCCGGGCGCGACAUACAUGGCGGACUCCCGCGAGGGAAGGUUGCCGAAGUGUACGGGCCGUCCGGAGUCGGGAAGACAGCGCUUGGAAUUCAGGCCGCAGUCAAUGCAUUGAGGGAAGGGCAGCAAGUUGUCUGGAUUGAUGCGGGCGCACCGCUGGUCCCGCAACGAUUCAAUGAUGUCUUAUUCGCCGACGAGCAGGUGCAGCGCUCUCAGAACCUAGGAGGAACAGAUGCCUCACCGCCAGAAGUACAAUUAGAUGAACUGCGGAGCCACUUCCAUCACUGUACAUCGCCAUCGCUCGCGCAUUUGCUGGCUCUAUUCGUCCGAACGCCAUCCUCUUUCCCGCCACCAAACACAAGCCUCAUCGUUAUCGAUUCAUUGUCAACCCUGCUCGAUAAUGCAUACCCCCGCAAUCCUGAUGAUCGAGCAGCAAGGCCUAAGAACGACCAGGCACGCUGGGCCGCAGGUCGCAAAUUUCCGGUAAUGAAUGAGUUGAUCUCGGCCCUGUGCAGGGUCGCUGCGCUGCACGACAUCGCGCUUCUCUUCACAUGCCAGACAAUAACUCGGAUUCGGGCAGGUUCAAGAGCUCUUCUGGUUCCGUCAAUAUCAGGUGCAGAAUGGGAGAGUGGUAUAUCCACUCGACUGGUUUUAUUUAGGGACUGGGUUCCGGGGCAAGGGAAGUGGUGUGACGCAGAUGCUGAAAGACUGCGAAGAGCCCGGUUUGUUGGUGUCAUAAAGGCAAAUGGUGUGACUUUGGCCGACGAGGGUAGCGUUGGGGACGUGGUGCCAUUCGCUAUCGAGAGGGGCCUUUUAGACCUAGCCGUUUCCACGAUUGAUAUUACGACGACUGCAACUUCUCCUCAACAACGACUGCCUAAAAGACGUUUUGCGGAGAUUGGCGAUUCUGAGGACGACGAGCCUGACUCCGAGGAGCUGUACGGUUGGGUAGAAGAUGAUGAAGUAGCUGCGGAGGGCUUGUUGAUUGUGAACGAUACCCCGGUUGUCAACGAUCCUGCAGAUGCAGCAUCUCCUGCAGCAUCUCGGACGGACCAUGUUCCAGAAAGAGAGAAGAAAAGGGUCGCACAAUUCGAACGCACAGCUACGGUUUGAGGAAGCACGUUAAUUGGACCAUCUAAACUUUUGGGUAGACCUCCUACACGACAGUAGUUCCAGACAUGUCGCGCGAACGACUUCGACCAAGAA